GACACCUCUGCCUCGCAUGAUGGGUCCAGCCGACGCUGCUGAGCCUUCGGCCGAACCAGAUGACAUCUUCUACCAACUAGACCAGGAGCUCGAAUACCUGGAGCGGGAAGUCAAUCAAUACCUCCGAGGCAACAUCGAGAGACAGCCAUUCCCGCAUAGGGAAUUGCAGGCUUUACUUCAACUCAAACAGUUCCCAGCUCUGUUCCGACCGGCUUACAAGGAGCUCUUGUCUCUCCUUCCCGUCAAGAUAUCUCUCCGGUCGAAGCGAAUGGACUUCAGAGUGCCGAUGACUUCAGCCGUAGACCUGCCGAGCACAUCCUACGCCCGCUUUCGAUGCAUAUACGCAGGCCCGGCCACCAGCUCGCCUCAAUGCGAGACUUGGACAUUUAUCCCCUAUGUGCAGGAUACGUACCUGAGAGGUCUUGCCGGGGUCCUCGGCGCAUCUGCAAACAUCAAUCUCAUCGGUCCCGAAUUGGAAGCAGAGCUGGCGGUCGGCUUCAAACAGAUGUUCUGCUCUGGCCACGAUGACAAGCUCAAGGAUGAUCAGGCUGGUGCCUUCGCAGUCGCAUGUCGGCCGGUGAUUGAUCGGUGGAGAGAAAGCGAACAACUGUGGAGGAACGUGGGACAGUUGCAGUGCCAGCAGACGAGAACGCAUCAGGGUACAAGCUGGACUUGAGUUUCGAGAGGAGUUGGACAUUUUCUCCUGUGCAUGUUUGGAAGCGAUGCAAACAUGCUGAUUUCAAAGAGCUGGUGGGGCCACUCAGCCUCAGUUCAGAACUCUGUCAGUGAGCUAUUUGGGUAAUCAUUACCAUCCACAAUGACUUGCAAGCGGAUCACAGGACUCUUGCAUUACCAGUGUGGGAUUGGCGUUGUAUCGUGGGUCCAUGCCUAGAACCAGAAUCACAUUCAAUG